AUGUGCGAAAAUACUCAUCAUGAUAAUAGCUCAACAAAAUGCUUAUGUCCAUAUUGUUCAGGAAGUAUUGCAAGAGGACUUACAUCGAUGAAUGAUAAGAACGUUUCUGAAUGCAAUCAAUUAGUCGAUAGUUAUGAUAAUGAUAAACCAGAAAAUUUUGAUCAACUAUCAGCUAAACUUGAUUAUCUAAAUCCUGUUCAAUGUUUUGAUAUACUUGAUAAAUUGUGCAAAAAAUAUUCAUCUACAGCAAAAAAUAAUGAACUUGAUGAUUUAAUUCUCAAAUUCAUAGUUCGAUUUCGAAUUAAUGGUGGAUUUUUCCUUUCCCUUAAAGAGCCUCAAAAUCGUCGGCAAUAUCUUUUACGACAGCUUACUAAUUCAAUAUUGAUCAGCAAAGACAAUAUCGAAAAAGCUAAUUUAACACCAAAUGACAUCCUUUAA